AUGGAUGGAUCUGAUCGCUGUUCGUUCGAUCGUUCCUUCACCCUGCCGCAGAUGGCCGCCGCCGCCAAUGAAGACGAAUCGAAGCGCGUGCACGCUGGCGCUACGACGCGGCAGCAGUGCUGGUCUUCCACGUUUCCCGAUGAUCUCCUCGCUACGAUCUACCGCAUGCUGGCCUCCCCGCGCGGGCGAGCGCGCUUCGCCGUCGUCUGCCGGUCAUGGCGAGCAGCCGCACGCGCGGCACCGCCCAUAUCGGUGCUACCGUGGCUGCUCCUGUCACCGAACGGCUUGACCAUGAAUCCCGCGUACUGCCCCGAGGACGGCACCGUCGUGCGGCUCCAGGGGAAGAUCGUGACGCUGGCCGAGCCGCUGAGCAGAUUCCUCCACGGAAAUCAUGUCACCAAAGUUGUAUUCUCCCAGGCGCCCACCUCGUCUGACUGCAUCCUCGCCGCCAUGACAUACAACCAGGGUCUUGCAUACAGCUGCAGCGUGGUGCUCUGCAAAGUUGCUUGUCGCAAUGGCAGGUACACGAUACAUUUAUAUCCCAGUCAAGACCUCGCCGACAUCACUUUCUACCGCGGCGAUCUCUAUGGCCUAUGCUCCAGAGGGGAACUCGUCAAGUUUGAUAUUGGUAUGAACGUGGAUGGUGUGCCCAUGGUUAGGGCACGUCGCCAGCUAGCAACCAACCAUUCCAUCCUAGGUGACUACACUAAACACAGUGAUUAUAAGAGUUAUAUAUUUGAUCUAAAUGGCAAGCUUGCGAUGGCAUUGAGGACUCGGUGGUCUAUAGACCUCGAGCCUUUCUUCAAGGUGUUUGAGCUUGUUGACAUCCAUGCUGACGGGCAGAUGACACGUUGCAACAAAAAGUGGACGGAGGUUACAAGCUUGGGUGACCACGCCUUGUUCUUGGGACGGGCAUUCUCCAAGGCGAUCAGGGUGGACAUGGUGCCGUCGUUUAUACCGGCCAGCGGCGGUCUCGCAAUGAAGAAUCACUAG